AUGGCUGGGCAAGCAUGGCAGCAGAAGUGUGAAGCGGACCCUCCCAUGAGGCAAGCAUGGCAGCAGAAGUGUGAAGCGGACCCUGCCAUGAGGCAAGCAUGGCAGCAGAAGUGUGAAGUGGACCCUGCCAUGAGGCAAGCAUGGCAGCAGAAGUGUGAAGCGGACCCUGCCAUGAGGCAAGCAUGGCAGCAGAAGUGUGAAGCGGACCCUGCCAUGAGGCAAGCAUGGCAGCAGAAGUGUGAAGCGGACCCUCCCAUGAGACAAGCAUGGCAGCAGAAGUGUGAAGCGGACCCUCCCAUGAGACAAGCAUGGCAGCAGAAGUGUGAAGCGGACCCUGCCAUGAGGCAAGCAUGGCAGCAGAAGUGUGAAGCGGACCCUGCCAUGAGGCAAGCAUGGCAGCAGAAGUGUGAAGCGGACCCUCCCAUGAGGCAAGCAUGGCAGCAGAAGUGUGAAGUAGACCCUGCCAUGAGGCAAGCAUGGCAGCAGAAGUGUGAAGCGGACCCUCCCAUGAGGCAAGCAUGGCAGCAGAAGUGUGAAGCGGACCCUGCCAUGAGGCAAGCAUGGCAGCAGAAGUGUGAAGCGGACCCUCCCAUGAGACAAGCAUGGCAGCAGAAGUGUGAAGCAGACCCUCCCAUGAGGCAAGCAUGGCAGCAGAAGUGUGAAGCGGACCCUGCCAUGAGGCAAGCAUGGCAGCAGAAGUGUGAAGCGGACCCUCCCAUGAGGCAAGCAUGGCAGCAGAAGUGUGAAGUAGACCCCUGCCAUGAGGCAAGCAUGGCAGCAGAAGUGUGA